AUGAGCAUUAAGUUGAAUAAAUCUAAUGAUAAGUAUUGGGUUAGCCAUUUUAUGGAAAAACACAAUCAUCCUCUUGUAAGACAAGAAUGCACUCAUAUGUUACCGUCUCAUAGAAGAAUAUAUGCUUCACAAGCUACUGAAGUAGAUUUGACAGAAGAAUCUGGGAUUCCACUUAGGCAGGCAUAUGAGUUAAUGGGUAGGCAAGUUGGUGGAAGAGAAUCUCUUGGAUAUAUCAAACAAGAUCAAAAAAAUUACCUUCAGACAAAGAGGCAAAGAAAAUUGGCAUAUGGAGAAGCAGGAAGCUUACUAAAGUAUUUUCAGAAUGAAGCAUUGGAAAACCCUUCUUCUUUUUUAUAUGCUGUGCAAUUAGAUUGUGAUGAGCAAAUUACGAACAUAUUUUGGGCUGAUGCGAAGAUGAUUGUUGAUUAUGGUCAAUUUGGUGAUUUUGUGUGUUUUGACACUAUGGACGGGGAGGAAGAUGAGUUCUUAGUUGCUUGGGAAUCAAUGUUGGAUGAAUACAAUGUGCGUGGACAUCCUUGGUUUUAA